AUGGAUUCCAGCAGCCCCCUUCCUCUCCCUGGUUCUCCUUUCCCUCUAAACCCCGCGGACUUCCCCAAUUUCCCACCAUUGCCACUGUCCGAAGAGCUCAAGUACCUGUGCGCAGACCUCACUCUCCCCCCGGAUUUCUACAAUGUGGGAUCCCCAUCCGCCAUGGAUCCACAGUUGGAGUUUAGGGUUCAUGACAAUGUCGUCCAAGGCGACAUUUUUCCUCAAAAUCCAAAUGUGGGUUAUGUCGAGGCUGGAGAGUCCUAUCUAGCCCCCCCAAACACAGCGCAGAAUGCUGAAUUCAAAGACUUGGCAAAAAGCCAGAAAAUUAAUGGUUUGCGAGAGGGGAAGAAGGCUUUAAAGGUAGCUACAGUAUCAGUCGACAUGAUUCGGAACAGGAGGCCAUUUAAAUGCAUGCAUGGAGGGUGCGAGAAGACGUUCAAGAAUGCGCAAACCUUGUCGAUGCAUUGCAGAACGCACGAUAAGAAUAUGAGUGAUGUGUUGGCGACGAGCGCUGUGAAGGCUGGGCAGAACAAGAAGAUCCCAUGCCGGUGCCCGGUCUGCGGCAGGAUCUUUGUGGGGUUAUAUGAAUUGAGGCGGCAUUUCGGGAGGAAGCAUUCGGAGGGCGAGAAGAUGCACAAUUGUAAGAAGUGUGGGAAGAAAUUCUACAUUGAGGUCGAUUUGAGGGACCAUGAGAAGCUGUGUGGGGAGAUGGUUGGGUGCAAAUGUGGGUUGAAAUUUGCAUUCAAGUGCAACCUUCAGGCCCAUAAGAGAACACACCCGGAAUGCGUCGGAAAGCCAUCGAAUUCUCCAGAGCAUAGAAAUGUUGAGAAGGAUCAGAGUUCAAGCACCCCAUCCCUUGGGCUCAUGGGGAUGAAGUUGGAAGAUAUUUGGACUCUUGGUUGCCGCGCUCGGCUUGAUGCACUUGUGCCUGCAGUUGUCAAGAAGUAA